AUGGCCGUUGACAUUUAUCUCGCCAGUUUGGCCGCCUGGGUGGUGGCCAACGCCGGGAUCGCAUACAAGCGCUGGGAUCGCACGGAUUCGCCGCACGACGCUUCAAGCAAAGCGGGCACAAAUCUCAAGUACACCUAUUUCAUCGUCUACGUCCUUGUUGUCGCUUCGGACUGGCUGCAGGGCCCAUAUCUCUAUCCGCUCUACAAGCAGACUCUCCAGCUCCCCGAGAAUAUCGUUGCCGCCCUCUUCUCCACCGGCUUCGUGUCGGGAGCAAUCAGUGCUACCUUUGUGGGCAGCCUUGCUGAUCGCUAUGGGCGACGAAGAGCCUGCCUUGCCUUUUGUGUGAUUUAUGGCCUCUCCUGUCUCCUGACCGUUACCUCCAGCUCCAUCUAUCUUCUAUUUCUAGGCAGAUUGCUUGGAGGUAUCGGGACCACUCUGCUUUUCACAGUGUUUGAGACAUGGCUUGUCGCCGAGUUCCAUCGGUUGGAGCUUGGAAAAGAUGGCGUAGAAUUGAAUGACCUUUUGGGCACCAUGACCAUACUGAACAGCAUCGUUGCCGUUGCCUCUGGGCUGUUGAGUGAGUUUCUGGUAGGCUGGACAGGCAGCAAGCGGUCGCCCUUUUUGGCCAGCAUCGUCUGCUUGAGUCUAGCAUUUGCGGCUAUCAUAAGGAUAUGGAGCGAGAACUAUGGCGAUGAAAAGGCCGUCAAACGCGACUCUGCAAUAGCCCACUUGCUGGACGGGCUGUCGGCGUUGGUAAAAGAUAGCCGUGUUUUGACGCUCGGCAUUGCUUCCAGCGUCUUCGAAGGAACAAUGUAUCUUUUUGUCGUAUUUUGGUCUCCGGCAAUGAUAUCAGCACAUGCUGAAGCGAACAAAUCGGACUCACAAAAUCCCCCUUUUGGGUUGAUAUUCGCCAGUUUUAUGGCAGCUAUGAUGUUUGGCUCUCAGACCUUUGCACACAUCAUGCGGCCGUCGUCCUCUCCUCCGCCACUGGAGUUGGAGGAUUCUGCCCCUAUUCCAUUGCUAAGGUCGACUUUCCUACUGAAGAUUCUUUUGCCCGUCGCGAGCAUCUGUCUAUCUUGGAGCGUUCUUCGUCCCACGGUGCUAUCAACCCUGUGGGCCUUUUGCUUAUAUGAAAUGGCAGUUGGGGCUUAUUUCCCCAGCAUGGGCGUUUUGAAAAGUUUCCUCAUCGAUGACUCGAAUAGGGCGAGCGUAUAUGCACUCUUCAGAGUGCCUCUAAAUUGCUUUGUGGUCAUUGGAUUAGCAUUGACAAGAGAAGGCGAAGGAUACCGUAACAAUGUGUUUAUGAGCUGCAGUGCCUUUUUACUGGUGGCUAUGGGAUUUGCGAAUUUCUUUCUCAAGCACUAA